AAGAAAAGAAAGGUAAAAAGAAAACCCUACAGUACCAUUUGUGCUACAUAAACUCUGUUUUCAUCAACGUUUGCAUUCAUCGAGGCGAAAAAAAUAUUUCUAGAAUUUCUUCUUCAUUGACACCUUCGUAAUAUCCGUACACUUCCAAGUUCCUGCACCGACAUAUUUUCAAUUCCUACAUUUUUUCUGUCCCUUUUUUUUUUCAUAUUGAGAGAGGAGAGAAGCAAGAAACAGUUGAAGGCUUUCACAUUGCUUGAUUGGUGAAUGGUGAUAUGGUGGAAAAGAAGAAUUAAAUUUUUUCUGGGAUUUUUUUUUUGUGGGUUUCUGAAAGAGAUUUGCAGUAUUAUCGGCAAUGGAUUUCAAAAAACUUGCAUUUCCGGAUCAGUUGUUGCCUCAAUGUGCAACUCCAUCUUCAAGGAGGAAGGUAGUUUCUGGGUUUGGUUUCGGAUUGCUAGCCUCUUUCUUUGUGUUAACCGUUGUGUUCUUAAAUGUAUCGUUUAAGCCCUCUUCCUGGCAUCCUGUUUUCCAAGGAUUCAAUGUCUAUUUCUCUAGAGGAACUAAUCAUAACAAUAGUAUAGCUAAUAAACUGGAACCCAUGAGGGGAACCCAUUCUUUGAUUCUGAAUGGAACCCAUGAAGGGAAUUUGUCCAAGAAUCAAAGUGUAGAGUCUUCUGAUUCUAGUAGGAAAGGUGAGAUUUUGGAGGCUGCUCAUUUGGGGAAUUCAUCUGAGGUGGCCAAAAAGGACAGCUUUAAAAAUGUUGCUGAGGCAGGGAUUCUUCCUGAUGAAUCUCAUGGAGUAAAGGGAUCGCAUGUUGAUAAAGAUGGGAACUUUACUAAAGAUGCUUCCAAAAGUUUAUCAAAUCAACAUGUAUCUGCUGAAGGAAAUUUGAAAAAAGUUGAAACUCCAGCGCCUAAGUCUUCGAAGAAUGCAGAUUUUACAGAUAAACUUUUGGGUUCUAGAAACGCUUCCAAAAGCUUAUCUAAUCAAAAUGUAUCUGCUCAAGGAAAUUUGGGAAAAGCUGAAACCCCAGAGCCUAAUAAGUCUUCGAAGAAUGCAGUUCCUGCAGAGCAUUUGGACAGAGCAGGGAAUAAAACCGGAUCAACAAGCCAAGAAAAGAAGAAUGGAAGCUCAUCAUCCACUGGAAACAAAGCAAUUGCAACAUCUGGCAAUGGCUAUGAGAUUUUGGCAAAGUCUAAUGGCUUUCAUGGGGAUUGUAACAUCUUUAAUGGUAGAUGGGUGAAGGAUGAAUCCAAGCCACACUAUACUCCAGGUUCUUGUCCUUUCAUUGAUAGGGAUUUCGAUUGCUAUCUCAAUAAGAGACCGGAUGAUGAGUACGUUAAAUGGAAAUGGCAGCCGUACAAUUGUGACAUCCCCAGUAUGAAUGCUACUGACUUUCUGGAGAGACUGAGGGGCCAAAAGUUGGUUUUUGUUGGGGAUUCAUUGAAUAGAAAUCAGUGGGAGUCUCUUGUUUGCAUGCUUCGCCAUAGUAUCCCGGACAAGAAAAGGGUUUAUGAGGUUUCUGGAAGAAUAGAUUUCAAAAAGAAAGGCGUCUAUUCAUUCAGAUUCGAGGAUUAUAACUGCUCUGUAGAUUUUGUUAGCUCGCCCUUUCUUGUUAGGGAAUCAUCAUUCAAUGGUAAAAAUGGUUCCUUUGAAACACUAAGAUUAGAUUUGAUGGACAACACAACUGCAAUGUAUCGUGAUGCUGAUGUUCUGAUCUUUAACACGGGUCAUUGGUGGACUCAUGAGAAAACAUAUAAAGGGGAAAACUACUAUCAAGAAGGUAACCAUGUGUACAAAAGCCUGAAUGUCCUAGAAGCGUACAGGAGGAUGCUUGUUACAUGGUCAAAAUGGAUUGAUAAGAAUGUAAACAGUAGACGUAGUCUGGUUAUCUUCAGAGGAUACUCAGAAAUGCAUUUCAGGUAAGAGAUUUCAUAUUUGGACUUUGAAUGCCAAUUUGAUCUACUUCAUUGUUCAUCAAGAUCUUAAAGGAGAAAGGAUUUUAACUGCUAGGUAUUGUUAACAACAGAUAUAAAUGACUUCUCCUGUCUCCCAUUUAAUGGUAUUAGUGUUAGUGUUAUUAACAAAACUGUGAAAAAGUUUUCUGGUAUGAAAAUUUGGUUUAUCCAUGACAACUGCAGAGCACUUGAUUGAUGCUUCCAAAGUUUUAACCAUCUGGUGUGGAAAGAUUAACCAUGUUCCUCUAUUUAAUUUUUGAACCCAGCUUCAACUUUUCGAAAGCAUGUUGAUUUAGGUAAUCUUUACUGUCAAAUUCAUGAGGAUGUAGCUUGAAUAUAUGGGAAAUUCAUGAGAUGUAGCCUGCAUGUAUGGGAAUUGUUUUGAUUCGAGAAGCUGCUUUAUAUAACAGAUGGCUCUACUAAGUUCCUGAACCUAGUGUUAAGCUAAUUUAUUGCUUAUGAAGCAAUGAUUUGCUGAGAACAUAUGCUGAAGUUGAAGUUUUUCCUGGCCCAAUACCUGUAGAGAGAGAAGAAUAGAUUGUAGAUGUAAUUACUGAUCACUUAUGAGAUCGAUUUGGUUGCCUGCAGUGGAGGACCAUGGAAUGCAGGAGGGCAUUGUCAUAAAGAAACGAAACCUAUAUUCAACGAGACCUACUUAUCAAAAUACCCUGCUAAGAUGCGAGCUCUUGAGAAGGUGCUUCAUCAAAUGAAAACCCCAGUUGUGUACUUGAACGUAACUAGGCUUACAGAUUAUAGGAAAGAUGCGCACCCAUCGAUUUACAGAAGAGUGUACAAGACCGUAGAAGAGCAACAUGCUGCCAUUGGCACGCAAGAUUGUAGUCAUUGGUGCUUGCCUGGGGUACCAGAUACAUGGAAUGAGUUGCUAUAUGCAUCCCUAUUGAAAACCGGAAGAGGUUCCUGGAGAAGCUGAAUUUAGAAGAUUACAUGUAGGUUUUUUGUUUUCUCAUCUUGCUUCUCAUCAUCUUGUUUCCAUAGGUAUAAGUUGUGAAUCGAGAGGUAGCAAGAAAUUUAUUAGGCUAAUAGCAUAUAUAUAUGUCUUAUUUGUUAUUGCUGGUUUGCAGAAACCAGUAGUCCUAGCAUAAGAAGGUAGCAUACUGAUCUUUUGACUCUGUAUAGUCAUUGUUGAAUGAAUGAACUUACCGGCGCCCCCUUUUUUUCUCUUCUUUUUCUGCACUUUUUUCCUUUUGUUCUUUGGAAUUAUCAUUUACAGUUAUACAUUGAACUUUGUUGUUCUGAUAUUAGUCCCUUUAAUAAAACCAGAAACCCCAACGUGGGAAAAAUGUUUAACGGGUUAGAGAAGAAUAAAAUGGCAAGAAAAUGUACACAUACAAACUUGCAAACCUUAUUUUAUUAAGUUUUUCAGAACUGCAUUAACAUCAGUACGGAAAGCAGAAAUGAAUAGAAGAAGAUAGCCAGAUAGAGGGACUCUAAUUGAGUCCCCUUUGCCGUUACGUGACUUGCCGGUUUGCUCUGCAUUUUAGCCCAUCAAAAUCUUUGCUAAAGCUUCUGUUUCUGCACCAAAAGGUACCAAAACACGUUCAAGCAGAGAUAAUGAUGAUGACCAAAAAUGCAAGCAAACUUUCUGAAUUUGGAAGAGGCAUAUUGCAUGAACUCCUCCUAACUCCAGCUGAUGACCAGCCAUUGCUUUUAUCAAGAUCCAUCCAUAACGCUAAUUAUACUUCCCCAUAUUUCUCAAACUCUCAGUUCAGUUGGAACUGACAGUUUUGAGUUUCUAUCCUGAAAUUCAGUGGCUCUUGAAAAGCAAAGAGGGAGGAUUAACGUUGUGUGAUGGGGAUUUAUAUAGGAAAAACAUGUCACAAGAGAUGACAAUUUAAGUGACACAAACAAAACAGCCAACUCAAAAUGCAAUAUGUAUUGCAUCAUCUUCCACCACUGGCUGACUUUUGCUUUUGGGCUUUCAGGC